AUGGUCGUAGAGCAUAAAAAUGAGCAACGUCGUGAUCGUAUUAAGUCCCCUGGUUCUGAACAUUGGACGGCAUUCUCGUCUCAAAUACUGACAGUUAGUUCACCAACAAAAUUGACACCAUCAAGUGAAAAGUUCAGUACAACAUCAUCAAAAUCUGAUAAUGCUAAAAAGACAAAUCGAAAGAACCAGAAAAUUAAACAGGAUAAAGAAGGAGAAGAAGAAGAAGAAGAAGAAAAUGAUGUGGAAAGUGAUUCAUGGUCAACAUCGAGUUCAACGACAGAUCAUGAUAUAGAAAUUCCAGAAAAACUGUCUCCAUUAUCUUUAUCAUCCACAAAUUUAUCUACAAUCUCUCAACAACAAAUUCCCAUAAUUAUUACAGAUUCUCAAACAUUAAUCGAACUCCAUGAAGAAUUAUUUGAUUUAUUUCGAGAUGCUAUGAAGUCAUUAACUGUACAAACAUCGACAACACAACAACGAAUAUUUGUAAAUUAUCUACUUAAUAAUCAAUUUGAAAAUAUUUAUUCAUCACCAGAAACACCUAAGGAAACUCUGAAAUUUAAAUCGUCUACUGUACCCUCAUCCUCUAAACAAACACCAGUACUUUCUUUAAAUCGUGUAGCAACUACUGUUCUCAGUUCUUCAUUAACACCACCUACAACAAUAUCAUCAAUGUUAAAUGAAAGACAAUUAAUCUAUUUACAUGAUUUUGAAAGUAAUUUGGAUAUAAUUCGUAAACGUAUUCAAUUUAAUAAUCAACGUUUUAAUAAAAUUCAAUCGGAUACUAUUCGUUUAUUAACAUCAAAAGCAAUGGAAAUAACACAAGAUGUUAUUAAUUUACAAAAUCAUGAACGAAAAAAAUUUAUUGAACAUAUUCGAUUAACACAGUCACUUGAAUUACGUAUAAAACAUUUAUGGCAUAAUCUAUCUGGUCAAUUGACACAUGAAUUAAGUAUAUGGUAUGAACCACAAUUAUAUCCACAAUUUUGGGAAUUAGAUCCAACAGAAACACCAAAUCGUGAACGUCGACGAUUACAACGAGCCUAUUGUCUAAUGAAUAAAAAAUAUUUUCAAUCGCAUGUUGUAACAGAAAAAUUAAUGAAACCAACUUUAUGGUAUUUAUUUGAUUCAUCAAUGGGCUCUAUUAAUACUUCACCAUCGUCUGCUCAUCAAUCAAUGGCUAUUCAAACUAUUCUCUAUCGUAAUGAAAAAAUUGAAUAUCAAUGUCGUUGUAUAAAUGUAACACCAUCGACUGAAAUCAAAGGUGAACUAUUAAUUGGUAUCCAACGAAUUUAUUUUGUAGCUGAUGAUCAGACAACAGCAACUACAAAAAGUAGUUCAAUUCCCUAUCAAACAACAUAUUUUUAUAAUUAUUUUUCGGAUGAUUUUAAUUCAUUUUCAUUUUGUUUUGAUCAAAUACGAGAAAUAUAUAAACGACGAUAUAUGUUAAAAGAUAUUGCUUUAGAAUUAUUUUUAACAAAUGGUAUUACGUUGUUGUUGGCACAAACAAAUCAACAUGAACGAGAACAUUUAUAUAAAUUGUUAUUGAAGAAAAAUUUAAUAAAUUAUAUUCACGGUGAAACUCUAAACGAUGUUCAAUUAUUAUGGCGUCAAGGUUUAAUAACAAAUUUUGAUUAUAUCAUGUCGUUGAAUAAGUUAGCUGGUCGAACAUUUAACGAUUUAAUGCAAUAUCCUAUUUGUCCGUAUAUUAUCUCUACUUAUGACAAAGAUAUUUUAGAUUUACAUAUGACACAGAAUUAUCGUGAUCUAACAAAACCAAUUGCCAUACAGCAUAAAGAAAAAGAAGAAAAAUUUAUUGAUAUGUAUAAAGCACUAAAAGAAUCGCAUGAAUUAUCAUUAGCAGAUAAUGUAGAUAUAUCAACAGCUUCUACCAGACGUUCAUUUGGUCCACAAUCGGAUCCCUAUCAUUUUGCAUCAUUAUAUUCAAAUAGUGGAAUUGUUUUACAUUAUUUGGUGAGACUACUACCGUAUACAAAAAUGUUUCUUGAUUAUCAAGAUCAAAAUUUUGAUUGUCCCGAUCGAACAUUUCACGAUAUCAAAACAUCAUGGUGGUUAUCGUCAUAUGAAUCAACAUCAGAUUUCAAAGAAUUGAUACCAGAAUUUUAUUUUUUACAUGAAUUUCUAUUGAAUAAACAACAAUUUAAUUUUGGUAUUAAACAAAAUGGACAAAAAGUAAAUGAUGUUUGUCUGCCUGCGUGGGCAAAGAAAAAUCAUAGAUUAUUUGUAAAUAUUUUACGUCAAGCACUUGAAUCCGAUUAUGUUACACAACAUAUUCAUCAGUGGAUCGAUCUUGUAUUUGGAUUUAAACAAACAGGUAAAGCAGCAUUAGAUGCCAUAAAUGUAUUUCAUGCUGCAUGUUAUUAUGGUUAUCCUAUUGAUACUGUUGGUGAUGAAGUAACGCGCAAAGCACAUCAGGGUAUUAUUCGAACGUGUGGACAAGUACCCAAACAAUUAUUUCCUCAACAACAUCCAUCUAUAAUUUCAACUUCAACUGUACACAGUUCGAAUGGAACAGUAUCAAGUGUUCCGAAACGAAGUGAACGUGGAAUAUUCGAACAAACUUUGCCUAUUGAUAGCAUUCACCGACAUGCUCUCGGUGUAAAAUGGGGUGAUUUUGUUGGUUCGUAUGAUCAACCAUCACCUGAAUACGUCUCAAAACAUGAAUGUCCAAUACCAGUUGUUCAAUUUAUUUGUUUGAGUAAUGGAAAUGAAAUUAUUUGUUUACCACCAUAUACUUCGUUAUUUUAUCAACAAAAUCAAGAAGCGAGAAUACGUUCAGCAUCAACAGUCAAUACAACAGUAUCGGAUACAAGUCUUUCGAAUGAUCCAAUGAUUGUUCUUAAAUGGAAUACAAGUGAUAGUGUAGUACGAUGUCGACAAUUGCGUCAACAAAAACAAUGGUAUAAUUUUUAUAUUUCACAUAGUUCUGAUUCUGAUUAUGAUAAAAUAACAUCUUGUGCAUCAGUCGAUUAUUGUUUAUUGUUUAUGGGUAAAAAAUCAGGACUUAUUGAAGUAUUUAAAGUAAAACGAACAAAAACGUUAUCGCCAUGUGGAAUUGAAUUAGUUCGACGCUAUUUACCAUUUAUCGCACAUCGAUCACCUAUAACAUGUUUACAUGUCAAUAAACAAUUUAGUCUUCUAUUAAGUACAAGUGCCGAUGGAAUGUUGAUAUUAUGGGAUACAAAUCGUUUAAGUUAUGUUCGUCAAUUUAAACAUGAUGAUAAUCCUAUUUAUUGUAUUUCUGCAUCUGAGACAACAUGUGAUAUUUGUUAUUUAUGUUCAAAUGGUGCUUCUGAAUGGUAUUUAUUCUAUUUGACAUGUAACUGUGAUCUUAUUGGAUCACUCACAUUUUCUGAACAAAUCAAUUGUAUAUGUUUUACGAAUGCUCCAGAAGGACAAGCGAUAAAUAUGAUUAUUGGUGGCUUUGAAACAGGUAAAAUUCAAAUGUGGAGUACAUGGGAUUUAACAUUGUUACGACAAUUAGAUUUUCACCAAUUAAAAUCGUGUCCAAUUGUAGCCAUAACAGUAUCAAAAAUAGAUCGACGACGAUUGUAUAUAAGUGAUAGAAAUAAACAAUUACAUGUAAUUGAAACAAAUGGCCAAAUUAAUUCACAAAUUAAUACAAAUAGAUCAACUUUAUUAAAAGUAGCACAACCACCACAAGUAUUAUUUCUUACAUAA